AUGACAACCCUCGCCGAAAUCCCCUCCUGCAAAGCUUUACAUCUUCCUACUCCCGAUGCUACUACUCUGCCUCUCUCCAUGGGAGAGUUGACUCUUGUCCUUCUUCCAGCCAGCCCUCCCGCGCGCCCUUCUCCAACUCUCACUCUCACCAUAGGAUGGAGUUCUUGGGCUAUCUUACCUAUCACACCGGUUCGAAAGGUCCAAUCGCAGGAUGAACAUCCAACUUAUUUGUUCUCGCCUGUUCCUGCCGAUGGUGGGUCGUCAGUGGGACAAGUCAAAAUCGUUAUGAAAGAUAGUUCCUCACAGAGGGAGUGGGAAGCGACACAACUACUGUGUACCAAGCUCGAAGAUGCACUCAAGUCGCAGGGUGUAUGGGAUGAACGCAUCCUGUUCGUCAAUGACACCGAUGAAGAUGGACAGAAAGGGUGGGGUGAGAGUUUAGCAGGAGCUGUUUUAAGUGCUGGCCAAGCCAUCGCGGAACGACUCACUACUUAUACCGACAAACAUGUAGAUGAAACCAAUCCCGAACAUCCCCCACCUCCAUCUCAAAAAGUCACCGAUGCCGCGGGAACGAUGAAAUCGGCCACGGCAACGGUCGCCGAGUACGCGUCGGCAGGUGCGGAAGCAGUGGGGAGUUUCAUACAUGAAGGAGGGAAGAAAUUGGGAGCUUUGUUACCUGACCAAUUGGCCAAACCAGCACCACCAGUUUCCGAGCAAGAGAAAAGUGGUGCAAGGAAGAUUGCAGAGGAGGAAUGGGAGCAGAUCACCGUAGCCGCUGAAGGUAUUGCUGGGGCAACGACCACAGUGGGAGAAGCCAUGAGUCAAAACGCUCAUAAAGCCGUAGAACAUAACUUCGGGGAAGAGGCGGAUAAGGUCGCUAAGGAUAUCGGGCAGGCGGGGGCGAAUAUUGGCGAUGCUGGAUUGUCGGCUGUCAAGACGACGAGUAUCGUCAUGCAGGGUUCUAAUGCUGCUAGCGGGGCUGCCGCUGGUGCACCAACGUCUCAAUAG